UACGAGGGAGGACAAAUGAGAAAAAGUAAAAGAGAAAAACAAAGCAAGAGGAAAUACAUGAAGCAUAAUUUCGUACGGGAUGUACCAGAUGGAGUCAGAUUAUUUCCGGUUUAUGAUAGGGCGUUGUGUUCGUGGCAGAAGUAUCAUAAAACCGAUAGGAUGUACGCGGCUCCAGUAAUAUCGUUAUUUUUAUGUAUUUUCGUCUCGGUGAAUGCCGGUGGCCCUACCCUUGUCCUUUUGGAUAAUCUCGCUAUAAAGGAGACACACUCGAUUUUCUUCAAAUCACUUCAAGAUCGUGGUUACCAGCUGACAUAUAAAUUAGCUGAUGAUGCAAAUCUGCAACUAUCAAAGUAUAAAGAAUUUUUAUAUGAGCAUUUAAUAAUUUUCGCUCCGUCUGUUGAGGAAUUUGGUGGAGCACUCAAUGAUGACACUAUCGCAGACUUCAUUGAUGGUGGUGGAAAUGUACUAGUUGCUGGAUCAUCUCAAAGUGGAGAUGCUUUGCAUAAUCUAGCCUCUGAAUGUGGCUUUGAAAUGGAUGAAGAAGGUGCCACUGUAAUUGAUCACAUAAAUUAUGAUGUUUCGGAUGCUGGUCAGCAUAAUAAAAUAGUGGCUGAACCAAGUAGUCUCAUCGAAGCACCAGUCAUCGUUGGGAGUCGAGACAUUCCACCACUUCUGUAUCAAGGAACUGGUUUGGUUGCCAAGCCUAACAAUCCACUAGUACUUCGUUUACUGUCUGCGGCAAGCUCUGCCUAUUCUUACAACCCUGAUCAACUAGUUAAAGAAUAUCCUCAUGCUGUCGGUCAAAACACAUUACUCAUUGCAGCUUUGCAAGCACGAAACAAUGCUAGAGUUAUCUUCUCUGGGUCUUUAUUCUUCUUCAGUGACGAAGCAUUUACUAGUCCUGUACAAAAAGCUCAAGGUGAUAAGAAGUAUGAAAAGUCUGGUAAUGAAGCAGUUGCCAUGGCUAUGUCUCAGUGGGUAUUUAAAGAAAAUGGUGUGAUUCGUGUAGCCGCGGUUAAUCAUCAUAAAGUUGGCGAAACUGAGCCACCUCAGUCUUACACUAUAAUGGACGAUGUGAUAUACGAAAUUGAUGUACAAAGGCUUCAAGAUGGUAAAUGGGUACCGUACGAGGCUGAUGACUUGCAACUGGAAUUCGUUCGUAUUGACCCAUUUGUACGCAUUACGAUGAAACGUUUGAGUAAUGGUCGGUAUCAAGCGCGUUUCAAGAUUCCAGAUGUGUAUGGUGUUUAUCAAUUCAAAGUUAAUUACACUCGAGUGGGUUUGACCUACCUGUACAGUAGUACACAAGUCUCUGUAAGACCCUUGGAACAUACUCAAUACGAAAGAUUCAUUCCAAGUGCAUUCCCAUAUUAUGUUAGUGCAUUUUCUAUGAUGGGAGGUGUAUUUCUUUUCUCUCUUGUAUUUUUACAUUACAGAGAAGACACAAAGAGCAAAGCCGAGUAAUUUAGUCUAUUUAAUAGUGUGCACCUUAUUUACGUAUUGAACGAAAUGUACUGCCUGUAUUACCUAUUAAUACACAGAAAAAUUAGCAGUGCUCUUGUUAUUUCUUUUUAUUACAGGAAACUUCCAUCAUAAGUAUAUUAGUAUGCAGGUCUAAUUAUGUUCCAUAAACUUCUGUGUUAAACAGUUUCAUAUCAUAUACUAGGCAAGAUUUUAAGAUUCAGCUGUGUAUAUACCCUCCUAAAUACUUAGUUAUUAUAUACAAUUUUUGGAAUGAUUCAAAUCUUAAGAAUAACAGAAUAAUAAAAAUGUAUGGAAAGUAAAAAA